AUGAGUAGCUGCAGUGCCUCGCAGAAGUCGGAUCGACGGCCGUUGUUGUCCGAGAUCAUCAGAGAAACGUUGAGGAGAGAGCAGGAGAUCAAGCAAGGUAACAAUAACGUUUGUAUUGAUUUGUUAUCGCGAGAUUGUGUUUCGUGUUUGUACUAUGCCUACUCGUAUGGCAGUACUUUAAAACGAGGGGGUAUCGCUAAACGAGGUAUAGUUUGACUAGUUUUGAGGUCAAAAGACGUUGUGACAAUGUUUUUGAAUAGAGGUAAAAGAUGAUUUUGAAGUUUAUAACUUUUUUAGUUGCGUUACAUUAUUCAUGGCAUAGUUUAUUAAAAUAUAGGAUCUUUUGAGCUAAAAUUUAUUCCUUUUAAUACCUAAAAUAAUGUUUUUACUUUAAAUCAAUGUUUUCAGCUCAACGAAACCGAUCCAAAUGUACGUGGCAAUCCUCAAAAACCGCAGUUUGGCUAGGCCUAGUCCAUCUGCUUCUAGGCGUGACAUUACUUAUCUUUGACGUAUUCACAAAUCCAAUAACCGAGACAGCCUUCGGAAUAUCGUCGUCUUUGUGUUUCAUCAUCACAGCUAUAUUAUCCUUCAUAUCAGCUCGUCGACUAGACCGAGCAGCUCAAUGGUUGAUUAUCGGCUUUGCUACAGCUUCUUUGAUCUUGUCAUUGGCUCUGGUUGUCGAUUGUACCUUGUACAUGAACAGGUUAUGCUUUCCAGUACAGACAGCGCGGUGCACGGCUUCGACUGGCAGUAUUCACAUGGUACUGGUGAUGAUCGCCUUCUUCGAGUGUAAGGGACUUUAACUCUUUUUUUAUAUUGUAGUAGACAAAAAGGAAUUAAAAGUUUAUUUUUAAAUUGCGUCAAAACAACUGUCAAUUUAUGACGUCAUCUUAUGUUGUUUUAGCUGUCAUGUGCGUCUUCAGUAUCUUUGCCAGCUACACUCGUAUCAGAAUCACGAACGAGCGUACGACAGAUUUGAUGUACGAAAGUCUGGUAUCUGGUGACUUUCCUCAUUUACGGAUGCAGAGACCAGAACAACUGAGUGUGACCACGGUAGAAGAAAGCAGUAAACCGAUCAGUCUACAGACAGCUUGA